UUGGUCGGCGACAGUUGUCGACUUGUCAACCUUUCUAUUUUCAACGAAAUAUUUAUUCCGUUGCGUUCUCUGUUCUGAUAGUGAGUGAUAAGUCCAUGUUUUGUGAACAAUUAUUAUAAAAGAAAAUGUAUUCUUUGCGAAGAAAAGUUCUGCCUUGUGUAAUAUUAGCGUGUGUUACUGUAGCGGUAUUAGGACACUCGCAUUCACAUUCCCACUCGCAUGAAGAGCCGCCAGCGUUUAAGUACAGCAAAAGUGCAAAUGAGCAAUACAAAAAAGGAGAAGACAAAGCAUCAAACCCCGAAGUAAAUGAGCCAGACUAUGAUUUAUAUGUAAAAGCACUAGGUUCAACUUUAUUUAUAAGCAUCGUGCCGUUUUUCCUACUCUUUUUCAUUCCUAUCGAUGGUACAGUUGAAAAACAACCUCUGCUAAAGGUGUUACUAUCGUUUGCUUCCGGUGGUUUACUGGGGGAUGCAUUUUUGCAUCUUAUUCCACAUGCCCUAACAUCUUCAUCUGGUGAAGGAGGCCACAGUCACAGCCAUAGCCACUCUCAUGAAGGCGAGCAUGGCCCCCAUGAUAUCACUGUGGGCCUUGGAGUGCUUGGAGGUAUCAUCACUUUCCUAGUUGUUGAAAAGUUUGUGCGAAUGUUUGAUGGAGGACAUGGACAUUCCCAUGCAGCUGACAAAAAGAAGAAUGAUGACAAGUCAAAAAAGAAGCCCAAAAACAAGAAGGAAGAGAUCAAAAUUGCUGGAUACCUCAACCUUGCUGCAGACUUCACCCACAAUUUUACUGACGGAUUGGCUAUUGGUGCCUCAUUCAUAGCUGGACAGAGCAUUGGACUUAUCACAACUAUUACCAUCUUAUUGCACGAGAUUCCACAUGAAAUUGGAGACUUUGCUAUAUUAGUCCAAUCAGGAUGUUCAAGGCGGAAGGCCAUGUUACUGCAGUUGGUAACUGCAUUCGGUGCCUUUUCUGGCACAUUUAUUUCAAUCUAUCUACAAGGAUCAGGUGACGGACUAGUAUCAUCUCUCAUUCUACCCUUCACAGCAGGAGGCUUCAUUUACAUUGCCACAGUGUCUGUGAUACCCGAGCUAUUAGAAGGUUCCACUAAACUGUCACAGUCCAUCAAAGAAAUAUUGGCCCUACUAGCAGGUGUAUACAUGAUGGUCAUUAUUGCCCAAUAUGAGUAAUAUUAAAACUAUCUAGAAUAGUUAAAUUUAUAUGAGAUUGAGAAUUGCAUCAAGCCCUGAGUAACAGCUCCAGAGUUGCCAACAGUACUAACUCAUUAGUUGUUGAUUAGGGCAGAAAGAUUGUGUAGUUCUAAUGCUUAUAAAUUGUAAAUAAUAUUUUUGCAUUAUGUACCUAAACCAUAAACAGUAAAUGACUAAAACAUCACAAUUUCAUUUUAUAUAAAACAAAGCUACUUCCUUUAUCAAACAAAGGGAAUUUGCUGAUAAGAAUGACAUGUAAUUUUAAAUUACACUUCUUACAAAGAACUGUGACUAAUUGUGUGGCAAUACAAACUAAUCAAAUAUGGUAUGAACUGAAUAUUUUAAUGUCUGGCAGCAUUUGAUAAGGACUGUUGUGAACAAUAAGAAACAUACAGGUGGGCAUUUACUUUUGUGCACGAAAGUAGCGAACAAAUAUGUCUAUUUUCACAUUCCUAUAGUUCUUUUUUCUAAGUGUUGCUAUUUUCUGUCUUUGGUGCUACUACUCUAGAGUAACACAUAUGCUAUCAAUACCACCUACACUUUAUAGAAUUUGUUAUCUUUGACUCGAAUUGCCUAUAUAUCCUUAAUUACUUUAUAGAGCUCUAUCUUCCAGGAAUAUGUUUUAUGUAUGUUGUAAAAUGAAUUAAACACAUUUAAAUGGA